AUGAAGUUGACCUUCACUACCAUCGUUGGCGGGCUGGCUGCGACAACCACAGCCCAUGGUUUCGUUCAACAUCUCAUGCUCGGCGAGAAUCUAGUCGACACUUGGAACCCUUACAAAGAUCCAUCGAAGAAGGUCAACAAGAUAACUCGCAAGUUUAAAGACAACGGUCCGGUAACCGACGGCUUGUUCACGACCGAUGCCAUUACCUGCAACACUGGAUCUGAUAAGAACAACGUUCCUGCCACUGAGACCGCUAGUGUGCCUGCCGGCAGCAUUGUCAAGUUCAUGUGGACUGAGUGGAAAAGCGAUCAUCCUGGCCCAAGUACGAGGAUAUCUUAG